AAUUUAUAUUAAAAUGAACGAACUCGGCAAGUUGAAAAAAUCUUUUUCUCUAAUUAGUCAGCAAUUAAACGAAAUCGAAACGUAUUUCGGUGACAUUGGUGUUAAAGGGCAAGCUUUGGACGCGUUCGGGAAACCAUUUUUGGAUGAUUUGAACAAGUACGCCGAACGUUGCAAGUCGGUUUGUAAUGGCUUGAAGGAGGAGGCCAUUGAGUUGAAGUCCAAAAUGAAGGAGGACAUUCAGGCGAAUGCUUUCGAAAUCUCCGAACUCUGUGCCUACCUCGGCAUUGACUCUGUUCAGUUUUCACUAAACGAAGGAUUGUCACUGUAUGAAAGUUUAGAAGAAUUGAAGAAAAUUGUUAACCAUCUUGAAAGGAUGAAAAUUGCUCUAGAAUUAGAGAAAUAUAUGAGGAUAUAUCUGGAGUAUAAAGAACUGGUUGAUGAGAUGAAACUGAAUGACCAUCUGACUGAUGAUCAGAAGAAAAUUUAUGACAUGAAUGUGGAGAAAGAAAGGAUAUUCCCAACAGAACAAACAUUAGAUUUCAUUUCUGAGCUCAAAGUUCUCAAAGAAAACAACAAGGCAGAAUGCAUGAAACUCUGCUCGUCCCUGAAAACUAUCCUGAAUCGUUUGAACAUCCCAUUUUCAGAUGAACCACUAGUAUAUCGAACAUCCGACGAUGACGUCUUCAUCCAACAGCCCACAGUUGAAUUGCUAAGGAGUAAGUUAUUCAAAUACCAAGUCUUGCGCAAGACGAAACUGAAACAGAUCAGGCAGAGUGUGAAAGAUGAAAUAGACAGCGUUUGGGCAGCUGGUCACUUCACUGAAGAAUUCAAGAAGACUUGCUCUGCUUACCAUAAAGAGCAUCACAACAACGAUAAAAAUAAUAAUAAUAAUAAUAAUACUGAUCACAAUGAUGACGACGACGAUGAAGAGGAGAAGGAGAUAGCAGCGUUGGAAGGGUACCUUGAAAAAUGUAAAUGCAUUUCAGCUAAGCUCAUUCCAUUGAAUGAGAAGAUAGAGAGCUAUGAAGAAACUUGGAGAGAACUGGAGGAAGUUGAAGCCAGACUGUCGGACCCAAACAAAUUUCAGAACCGAGGAGGCAAGCUGUUGAAAGAUGAAAAUCUCAAGAAAAAAAUUCUAACUAUUCUACCUAAGAAUGAAUCAGACAUUAAGAAAGAACUGGAGGAAUUGAAGGAAGAGUUUGGAUACAUGCACAGCAUGUCGUCGUCAUCAUUUGCUGACUCAUGUGACAGGAAAUGGAUCAACUAUCACGAUAAAAAAAACGGAGAAGCUGUCAACAGGCAUCGUACUAAGAUGGAAACGAUGAACCAUGAAUUGAGAUACGGAAGCAAACCUGCCCCCGUUAACAAACGUCACGUCGCUUGGAAUUAUCCCAAGACCACUGAUGACAUCAAAAAAAAACCGGCGCCAUUGAAAUCUCACAAUCCUUCAACACACAAACAUCUUGUUUAUGGGCUGACUAGAUAUGCUAGCAAGGAGAGUUUAGUAUCCCAGCCUACCUCUCUUCCAUCACAUCGUGCUCUCCAGCAAAUUCCAGACUCAACUGACGACGAUGCUGUUGAUGGUGAUCUCAUGAAUGUUUCCGCCUACUCCGAUGGAGCUGAAAGCUAAAAAAAUCCGAGCAAAUUGUUAUUAAAAUCGACAGUUUUCAUGGCGUACGAGCGAAUUUUUGUGGGUGCUUUUUUACAGAUUUCUACGAACUGGUUUUAUUACUAACUGCACAUUAAGUCAUUUUACGGAUUUGUAUUUGAACAACAUGAAGAUAAGAAAAUACUAGUUGGUAUACAUAUAUAAAAUAUGUAUUUUAAAAAAUUUCGUUGGACAUAUUGCACUUAAUUUGAACUAUUUUGAUUCAUUUGUUUUAAUGGAGUGAACUGUUUUUUUAAGAAAA